AUGGCGCCCACGGAGGAAUCUGCUUCUGCUAUGCCAGCGCCACCACCGCCACCUCAUUUCGUCAUCGUCCCCCUCGUGGAGCAGGGCCACACCAUCCCCAUGGUAGACCUCGCCCGCCACCUGGCGGAGCGCGGCGCGCGCGCGAGCUUGGUGACGACACCGGUGAACGGCGCACGGCUGCGUGGCGUCGCCGAGCAGGCCGUGCGCACUAAUCUGUCCCUCGAGAUCGUCGAGCUCCCGCUGCCGACGGACACCGACAACGGCCUGCCCCCGGGCAUCGAGAACGUGGACCAGGUCACGGACAACGGUCACUUCAUCCCCUUGUUCAACGCCGUGCAGAAGCUCGCCGGACCGCUGCAAGCGUACCUGCGAGCGCUGGCGCUGCGUCCGAGCUGCAUCAUCUCCGACUGGAGCAACCCGUGGACGGCCGGCGUGGCCAGAAGACUCGGCAUCCCUCGCCUCUUCUUCCACGGGCCGUCGUGCUUCUACUCGCUCUGCGACCUCAACGCCAUCGACCACGGGUUACGCGAGUAG